GCUCCUUAUCCAGCCACUCCGAUAACCUUUUGUUUUGUUCUCCAGACGGUGUUGCCUGUAGAGGUCGCAUGCGCGGUGGAGGAAGGAAAGAAAAUGGAAAGGCACUAGUGCAAAUCUUGGACGGAGCCGACUCGGGAAAGGAGCGGAGGCCAACUUUCUACGAUUAACUACGCCGUCAUUUCAAUGACACAGAAAUAUAUAAACAAUUUUACUUCAUAAUGAUAGGCAAUUAUAUAGGCCUACAUACAUCAGGGUUGUCGGUUUAGGAGCUACAUUCUGCCGACUGGGCACCUAUGAAAGAGAGAGAAACACAGGCACGACGAAGGAUAGGAGGAUAGCAUGUCAACAAGCGCACUCAUCCAACCCAGCCUGAGGGAGAAGAAAGGGAGCUUCUUCAAGCUGAUCGACUCGUUUGCCUGGGAGAUCGGGACUCUGAAGAGGGAGAUGGUGCAGAAGGCUGAGCCAGCAGAGAGAGACCCAGAGCCUGUCAUACUACAGGGGCUGGAUGGGGAGGUGGGAGGUCUGUUCCUACAGGCUCGUCCCUGUGUUGGUGUGGGGGCUCGGCUGGCUGGAGCUAGGGAUUCCGGCUACGACUCUUUGUGUAGAAGGAUGAGUGUGCUGGACAGGCUGGUGCAGACGCACGUUGUGUGGCUGCAGCUGGGACUUAGCCAUGCAGACUCCACAAGCAUGCUGGAACCGCAGCCCACCGGGACGUUUCUGGUGAGGAAGUCGACUACCCUGCAGAGGAAGGUGAUCUCUCUGCGUAUGCAUCAGGAUUCUGAGACACCCGUCAAAGACUUCCCUGUGAAGGAGAGUCAAUACACAUUCUCCUUGGAGGGAUCGGGCCUCAGCUUCGCAGACCUGUUCCGUCUUGUGGCCUUCUGCUGCAUCAGCAGGGAUGUCUUGCCAUUCACUCUAAAGCUUCCUGAAGCCAUCUCUGCAGCCAAGACACUAACAGACUUGGAGGAGGUGGCCAAGCUAGGAGCAGGCUUCUGGGACUCUGGGCGUUGCUGCAGGAGGAAGAGUUCUGUCUCCCGGUUGUCCGGAACAACCACCCAGGACCAAUCACCCAGCCCCCUGGUCACCCGCACCCCAUCCCAGCUUGAGUGUUCCCAGUCCAAUGGGGCUCUCUGCUUCAUCAACCCCCUCUUCCUGAAGGUUCACGACCCAGAGGGGGGCAACCACACCCCUCCGUCCUCCACCAGCCACUACAACAACCCCCACCACCUAAACAACAAUAGUACUACAACAACUACAGCAACAACGGUACAAGUACAACAGCACUGUACCAGCAACCCAGAGCAACUUAACGACUGCACAAACAGCCCUCAACCCCUUAGCGAGAGCCCUCAGAAUCUUAGCCCUGACAACAGCCCCCAGCAUCAUAACAACAGUGUGAGCCAGGCUAAGAGCAUGUCCCGCCCCCCACCUCCUCGCCCCCCACCUCCCCACUGUGCCCCCCGUCGCCCUGCCCCCCCUCAACGCCAGCGCAGCAUGCCUGAGAAGAUAUCCUGGAUCAACCCCCUGAAAGAGAAGGAGAGGGUGGGAGAGAGGGAGAAAGGAGGAGAGAGGGAGAAGGGCAGUAGCCUUCUCUCCCGCCUGGGCUCCUCUCUCAGCAUCAGCCCUUCCUCUCCUUUGCUCUUAUCCUCCCCUCCUAAGAAGCUCAGCAUCAGUGCCCCCAUCUCUAUCCCCCUCCCCCUCUCCUCCUCCCCAAGUAGGCCAAAACCCACGCCACCAAGCGACGUUGACUGCCAUCUUGCUCUCGAUGACCAGACUAUUGAGAACGCCAUUUCUCUCAGUCUGGCUAAGCUGUCACUGAGAAACACCACCACCACCCCUGAUGACAACACAGAGGGAAACAGUCCGUCCACUCAAGACCCAGCCCCCUCCUGUCGAGAGGAAGAAGGAGGAAGUGGAAGAGGAGGAAGAGAAGGAGGAGGAAGAGAAGGAGGAGGAAGAGGAGGAAGAGAAGGAGGAGGAAGAGAAGGAGGAGGAAGAGAAGGAGGAGGAAGAGGGGACAGUGUGCAGCGUCUGAGCGACAUGAGCCUUUCCACCGAAUCCUCUGCCGACUCACUAGACUUUUCCCAGGGCUUCUUCCCCCCUCUCCCUGAACCCAGCCCCCCCACCACCAACAACCUGGUCCUGCCCCCCCUCACCCACCCCUACAGCAGCAUGGAGGAAGACAACGAUGACGAUGAUGAAGACGAAGCAGACUUCGGCGGGAGCCUGGAGAGCGACCAUGACCAAGACCAGGACCUGACCAUCACCCCUCCCGGGCUGCGCACCAAACGGCGAGCCAGCGCCGGGGCCAUGGUCAUCCAGCGGGCCCUCAGGGGCCACCUCCGUAAGAUGAGUGGGGUGUUCAACUCUCUGAUGACCCCAGAGAAACGGGCCAUACGGAGAGUCCUGGAGCUGUCCAGGGAUAAGGGCUCGUACUUCGGCUGCCUGGUGCAGGACUACCUGAGCUUCCUGCAGGAGGGAGGGGGCAGCCAUGCCUGGCAGUGCCACGCGUCAGGACUGGAGUUGCUGCAGACGCUACGCCAGUUCAUCACCCAGAUGAAGAGCUACCUGCGGCAGAGCUCUGAGCUAGAGCCCCCCAUCGAGUCACUCAUCCCAGAGGACCAGAUCGACUAUGUCCUAGAGAAGGCCAUGCAUAAGAUUGUCCUGAAGCCCCUGAAAGGUGUGGUGGGGGUGGCCCUCCAGGAGUUCCAGGUCCGCAGCGGGGCGUGGCAGGAGCUUAAGGAGAACCUCUCAUUGGCCAAGGUCCGGCAGCCACAGGAAAUGGGCGUGACCGACGCACUCCCUCCGGAUCCAGUUGCCAUAGAGAAGAUCCGGCACAAGUUUUACACCAUGUGUAAACUCUACUCCCCUGAGAAGAAGGUGACCAUGCUGCUGCACGUGUGUAAACUCAUCUAUACCAUCAUGGAGGACAACUCAGGACGUCUGUACGGGGCAGAUGACUUCCUGCCCAUGCUUACCUAUGUGUUGGCCCAGUGUGACAUGCCUCAACUAGACAACGAGAUCCUCUACAUGAUGGAGCUGCUGGACCCCUCUCUGCUCCAUGGAGAAGGUGGGUACUACCUGACCAGUGCAUACGGAGCCAUGUCCCUCAUCAGGAACUUCCAAGAGGAGCAAGCAGCUCGUGUACUCAGUUCUGAAACACGCAACACACUCCACCAGUGGCACUGUCGCCGCACCACCCAACGCACUGCUCCCUCCGUAGAUGACUUCCAGAACUACCUGCGAGUGGCGCUCCAAGAGCUGGACAGCGGCUGCACGGCCAAAACCCUGCAGGUGCAGCCCUACGCCACCACCGAGGAAGUCUGCCAGAUCUGCGCCUACAAAUUCAAAGUUCUCGACCCUGAGAAUUACGCUCUGUUCCUGCUCACUGAGGGCUCGAGCCAGCAGCUAGCCCCUGACACACACCCCCAGAAGAUCAAAGCUGAGCUCCACAGUCGACCCCAGGCCGCACCUUUUCACUUCGUCUUCCGUCGCGUGGCUAACCUCAAUGACCUGACCGUGACCUCUCUUGACCCCCAGUCCAACCUCAAUGACGUCACCCUUACCACGGACUCUGAGCCCAAUCUUAAUGAUUUAGCCUUAACCCCUUCGGACCCCCAGCCCAACUUCAACCUGGGUCUCAGUCCCAGUCUCAGCCUCAGUCUACCCCCCAACCAGCACAAUGGCAACUCCAUAUCUAUCUGAGACUGCAGGGCUGGGGGGGUUGAAACACCCAUCUGGACAUUCUUUCUGUAACCCAACAAAACUGAUCUGAGCUGUGUUUAAAUGGAUUUAACUAGGCUGAACUGGGCCUAACGGGGUUAAGCUGCGCCAUGCUAAGCUUAGCCAAAACAAACUUCCCCUUUUGGUGAAUAUUCUGUCUAGCAGGGCAUCCUCAAAGUGGAAAGAUUUGUCUAAAUACAGGAGGAAAGGCGAGGAAGAGGGAAGGAAAUGUGACAGAUGGGUUUAUUUUGCAGCUCUAUAUGUGAACCUUUGGGACAUGGCACGCAAGGAGCACACGUGAGGGCAAACACCACUCACAGAAAGGAUGGAUAAAGGCUUUGAAAUAGUCUUGUUACAGACACAGACAGACCGUCUAUACGGUCAUACUCCGAAAGUGUCUGAAAGUGCAGAUUCAGGGUCAGUUUUUGGUUUGUAACUCCUAGUGGUGAAGCAAAUGAUAAGUUGAAGGAAAGCUGAAUGAUAAGUUGAAGGAAAGCUGAUCUCAGAUCUGUGGAUAGGGGUAACUUUUGUCUGGAAUGGUUCCAUCUAGUGAUGUACUCGUUCUGGCCAUUCACUUUUUCUUCAGACCGAAAAUGUUUAUCUUCAGACAGAAAAGAGCCUUUAUAGCAAAUAUACAGCAAUUACUUUAUCUGGGUGAUAGCCUACUUCUAUUAUGAACUACUUGUUGCAGUUGCUGGUAAAUUGUAUGAUGUGUUUUUAUGUAAUAUUGUUUUAUCAUUACAUGUGCUUUUCUUUGUUAAAGUAAAAUGUUAGAAGUAGGCAUGUCUGCCAGUGAUUAAAUAAUGAACGUCCUUAAUGUUAUUAUGAUUAUCCAGGAGAUAUUAUACUGUACUUCCCUCAUAGCUAAUCCUUAGUUAAUAGAGGUCAUCACUGCCAUAAUGGUUGAUGUGUGAUAUAUGAUUGACUGGCUUGGUCUACAGCACCAGCGUCAAAUCUCAGACAAGGUCAUGAAAUAUUGUACUACUGACAAAUACUAAAAGUAGGCCUAAGUUGCCUUAUGAAAUUUGGUGUGUCGAUUCUCAAGCUGGUCUGAGAUAAUGCACACACGCACACACACACACACACACACAUACAAAUGCACAAACUUGUGUGUGUUUUGGCUCUUGGCUGGUAAGAUUUUGAGCAUUGGGUAUGAGAGGGCAUGAGAAAGAAUUUGAAUUUUGAAGGACGCCGAUUUAAAAGAUGGAGAGAGAAGGGAAAGGAAUGAGAUAAGAGAAGUAGAACUGAAUCAUUCAUAAAAUACAGGCUCUAAUGUUUCGUUAACUUAACACUAAUAAUUUUAAAACAAAUUGUAUUAUAUUAAUGUAUCAGUACUUCAAUGUUUACAUUUUGAAAUGUAGACUUUGGCAUUGCUGGUGCUGUAGAACGAUAACAGAAAAGUUAAAUGGGAAAUGUGAUUGAGGAAAGGUUGUGAGUAGGUAAUAGCAUUAUUGUUAGAAACAAUAUGUAGCUUAUAAGGUUAGUUAAAUAUAUUGAAAUAUGUUAUACUUUUUGGGGACUUUUUAGAGGUUUUAUCCUGUUUUUAAUUUACUUGUACUGUAAUACAAUUGCUACUCUAACAAGAUAUUUUAAAUUAUACACAUUCUUUUAUUUAUAUGUAUCUGUGCUGGGAUUUUUCACAGAUGGCUUUUUCCAUAUCUGUUAUAUUGCAGUCUUCCAAGACCAACAAGACAUUUACUUAUGUUCCUAUGCUAAAGACUGUCUGUAUGUAUCAUUGAAUGAUAUUAUUUUGCACUCAAUAAAUUUUGGUCAUGAAUUUGACUGUGCGUA